GAGUUCCUCACCUGCUCGCUCGCCUGCUGCUUUGCGCGUCAUGUCUUCGCCCUCCCUGAACGAAAAGGACCACGACGAUGUCGGCAUCGAGAACAGGCGCGACGUCGAGGCGGACCUUGCGCAUGCCGUCGACGAGGAGUUUGGUGGUCACGAGGCGAGGCAGAAGCUCGAGAAGAAGCUCCUUCGCAAGCUCGACGCCCGCAUGUCCAUCCUCAUCGUCAUCUACAUCUUGAACUACAUUGACCGGAAUAAUGCAUCUGCUGCGCGUCUACGAGGCCUGGAAGAUGAUCUCCACCUCAAGAACCAGGAAUUCAGCACCCUGCUCAGUAUCCUCUACGUUGGAUACAUUCUCAUGCAGAUCCCUUCGAACAUGUUCUUGAACUACAUCGGCAAGCCCUCAAUCUACCUCCCAUGCUGCAUGAUCGUCUGGGGCAUGAUUUCCACGCUCACCGGCAUAACCAACAACUUCAUCGGCGCCCUCCUCACGCGUUUCUUCCUCGGCUUUGUGGAGGCCGCGUUCUUCCCCGGCGCCCUGUUCCUACUGUCGAAGUGGUACAAGCGCUCGGAACUCGGCAUGCGCACCGCGAUCCUUUCUUGCGGUAGUCUGAUCAGUAAUGCGUUCGGCUCCCUGAUCGCAUCCGGAAUUCUCGACGGUAUGGAGGGCAAGCUUGGCCACGCCGCCUGGAGGUGGCUGUUCUUCAUCGAAGGCGGCCUUACGAUGUUCUUCGCCGUGCUCGCCAUCUUCAUCCUCCCGGACUUCCCGUCCACCUCGCACACAUGGCUCAGCCCGGAGGAGGUGCGUCUCGCCGAGCGCCGCAUGGAGGAGGACGUCGGCGUCGGUGACGAGGAGCAGACCGAGGCCGCCGGCCAGAUGCACGGGCUCGUUCUCGCGUUCACGGACUGGAAGGUCUGGUGGCUCGCGCUCGCGCUCACCAGUCUGGUCGUCUCGCUGUCCUUCAACGCGUUCUUCCCGACGCUCAGCGCGACGAUGGGCUACAACCCGACGAUCACGCUCCUGCUGUGUGCGCCGCCGUGGGUGUUCGCGACGAUUGUCGCGUUCUGCGUGUGCAGACAUUCGGACAAGACGCGUGAGCGGUUCUGGCACAUCGCGAUCCCGCUUUGCUUCGGUAUCGUGGGCUUCGUCAUCGCUAUCUCCACCAUGAGCCUGGCUGCGCGUUACAUUUCUCUGUUCCUCAUGGCUCAAUCCUACGCUGGGUUCAUUGUUUUCCUCACGUGGAUCAGCAACUCGAUACCCCGCCCACCAUCCAAGCGUGCCGUCGCGCUCGCCUUCAUCAACGCCUUCUCGCAACUCGGCAACAUCGCCGGAUCAUACGUAUGGCCCAAGAACUGGGGUCUCAGCUACUCGAACUCGUACGCGAUCUGCAUAUCGACCAAUGGGCUGUGCAUCAUUAUGUGCUACGUGUUCAAGAAGCACCUCGAGCGGGAGAACGCGAAGUUCGCGAAGAAGGAGCAGGAGGAGGGCCGCCCGGCGGGCUUCCGCUACCUUGCAUGAGCUCUGCACGAUAUCUGUUCACGUCUCACAUUUGCUAUGACCAGUGCUGUACUACACGCUACUACACGAUACUGUACAAUUAGUCUUUUACACUAUUCAUGGGCCUUGCUC